AUGGGGAACCAGACUUCACAGGUUGGAUAUGAAGUGCUGGAUCAAUCAACUGGGCGACGCAUUCGCCGGGUGACGUCGUCAGCGUCGAUUCUUCUUGAGUCGCGCAAGUCGCUCACUGGAGCGCCCUGGCUUAGCCGCGUCCUCCGAGGCAAACCGAGUCCGUACGGGUGUCACCCGCUCGAUGCAAACACUGUCAACUUUGCGAUCUACAGCACUGAGCAGCGGCACAUGUCUCUGAUCAUAUAUCAUCCCGAGGGAAGUGCGCUCGCUGCAGGCAGCGGUGCGCUCGAAGCUAUUCCCGAAGACGCUGAAGCCGGCGACGACAAGAACCUCGAGCCGCCUAACGACGACAGCAGUGGGUUUGCAGUGCUUGCACUGGACUCUUGCGUCGAGCUGCGCCUUGAUCCUCGGAAAAACCGAAUGGGUAAAGUCUGGCACGUGGCGGUGCAACCGCUUCUGGCUGGGUACCGGUACGCAUGGCGCGUAGGUCGCGGCAAGGGUGCGCAGAUAGUGCUCGAUCCUUUCGCACGCAUCAUUGACUCACCGCUGUAUUAUGAUUUUCAUGCCAGAGAGAAGCGCAAAAAUAAGUACACUCCUUUUGCGGUGAUACCUCCACUCGACUACCUGAGCGGAUUCGAUUGGCAAGGCGUGCGAAAGCCCAACAUACCAGCCAGCGACAUGGUUAUCUACGAGGUCCAUGUGCGCUCGUUUACGGCAAUGGCGAAGGAUAUCCGCAGCCCCCGAGGAACCUUUACCGCGGUGAUCGAAAAAAUUCCGUACUUGAAAGCGCUUGGCAUCAACUGCGUCGAGUUUUUGCCUAUCUUCGAGUUCAAUGAGCUGGAGUGGCAGAAGAAGAACCCUUCCACUGGGGAAGAUCUCUGCCAGUACUGGGGCUACUCGACGGUUGCAUUCUUCGCACCUAUGAACCGUUUCUCGGUGAUUGGGGCGGCCACCUCGGAAGCUGCGCGCCGAAAGUGGGCAAGAGCGUACCGCUACCGCCAUGUUCUGGAUGAGUUUCGCACCAUGGUACGCGAACUGCACCGUGCUGGCAUCGCCGUCAUUCUCGACAUUGUUUUCAAUCACACCGCCGAGACGUGGAAGACCUACCACUUUAGGGCACUCGCGAAUCGAGAGUACUAUCUGCACGAUCAUGGUAACGAUGUGAACUUUUCUGGGUGCGGCCACACGUUCGCUUGCAACUCUUUGGCAGGCAUUGAGGUCAUUCAUGAUUGCGUGCGUUUCUGGGCAAACGAUAUGCAAGUCGAUGGGUUUCGCUUUGACUUGGCAGCAUGCCUUCUCCGCUCCACGGUGCCUCCUUUCGAUCUCAUGGAAUUCCCAGCAGUCAUUCAAGCGUUGAAGAACGAUAGCGCCCUCUCAGACGUGCUCUUCAUUGCAGAACCAUGGGACCUCAGCGCUUACGUCGUGGGGCAUUUCGCACAAUUUGGACCCAGCUGGUCCGACUGGAAUGGCAAGUACCGCGAUUGCGUACGAAAGUUCAUCAAGGGCGACACCGGCAUGAUCCAAGAGAUGGCCACCCGGAUUUGCGGCUCCGAGGACAUCUACGGAGGGAAUGUUCCGGCGGAGAUUCGGCGGGGUCUCCAGGAGAACGGCCACGCGUACGGGAUCAACUUUAUCACCUGCCAUGACGGGAUGAGCCUCCGCGAUCUUGUGUCCUAUAACGAUGCCCAAAACUGGGCAAACGGCGAAGACAACCGCGACGGCGAGAAACACAAUCUCAGCUGGAACUGUGGUGUCGAGGGCGAGACCGACGAUGAGAACGUGCUGCGUCUGCGACGUCGUCAGGAGCGCAACUUUUUCCUCAUACUGCUGUGCAGUGCCCGAGUCCCUAUGAUCCGCAGCGGGGAUGAAAUCGGCCACACCCAGCGUGGCAACUCCAACGUGUGGUGUCAGGAUAAUGAGCUCAAUUAUCUCCACUGGAAUGCGUUGGCAUCCGAGUCCGGUGAAGCUCGUUCCCUUUUCCGCUUUGUGAGUACGCUGGUGCACUUUCGCAAGCUGACUGCCCCCAUUUGGCGCCGCUUUCUCUCCGAGUCUCGCGGCGACUUUGUUUGGUGUGGCACGGACGCCUCGGCAGCGGUACUCUGCAAUGCCCUUGGCUCCGUAGGCGAGCGUGAUGAUGACACGAGCUCAGAGGAGCCAUUGGCGGACACCUCCGCUUGUCCCCUGAACUGGGAAAAUCCGAACAACUUUUUGGCGUUUGUAAUACGUGGUGCACGGGCACCAGCACUGCAAGGUCGCCACCUUUACAUCGCUUUUAACGCCUCACACGAAGCGUGCGAUAUCACUGCCCCCCGUUUUGCCGACGGCAAGUCAGGCUGGGCGGUGCUCUUCAAUACAGCGGCACCUGCACCGAUGGACUGUUUCGCGCUGGCUGGAGCGAGCGGUUUCCCCGAGGACGUCGAAACCUCGAUGACCUGCGUAUCGAUGCCUUUCCACAUGGAACCGUAUUCGGCUGUCCUAAUGGUUCAGCACUGUGCCUCUUUUGGAUCAGUGGAGAAUGAGCGCACGCAGGAGUCAGCGCAGGCACCGGAGCAGACGCCUACGGACGCGCCUCCUGCGCUCGAGCCGGAGACUAGUGAGGCAUCAGCACCAGGAACGCCCGCAGCAGAUGCUCGGACGGAGGCCAGUGCACCACAAGAUGUUUCAGAAGCUGCCCCAGAGCCUGCUGGUGAUUCAAAUGCUGCUGGUGUGGACGCGGAAGCACCAGCCAUGGAAUCUGCUCCGGAUCCACUGGAAGUGUCAGCGAGCGGUUCAGGUCCAGAGGAAACGUCUCCCGAUACUGCUCCUGAUACCGCCGAUACUGAUGCUGCUCCUGAUACAGCUGCUACUGAUACCACUGCUGCUGAUGUUGAGACGGCUGAUGCUGCUCCUGAUACACCUGCUACUGAAACCGGUGAUACCGCUGAUGCUGCUCCUGAUACAGCCGCUGCUGAUGUUGAUCCCGGUGAUACCGCUGCAGAUACCGAUAUGGCUAUAGAGCCCCAGCAGGAUAUGCCCCCUGGCGAACAGGCACCCUAA